AUGUCCCGCCAAAGGUCACCACCGAAAGGGUCACUUCUGCUGCUGCUGCUGGUGUCAAACCUGCUCCUGUGCAAGAGCACAGACUCCCUGCCCAUCUGUCCCACUGGGGCUGGCAACUGCCAGGUGUCCCUUCAAGACCUGUUUGACCGUGCAGUCAUCCUGUCCCACUACAUCCAUAGCCUCGCCUCUGAAAUGUUCUACGAAUAUGAUCAACGGUAUGCUCAGGGGCGUGGGUUCAUUACCAAGGCCAUCAACAGCUGCCAUACUUCUUCCCUCUCUACCCCCGAAGACAAAGAGCAAGCUCAACAGAUCCGUCACAUAGACCUUCUGUACCAAGUACUCAGAUUGCUGCGCUCCUGGAACGAUCCUUUGUAUCAUCUAGUCUUAGAAGUGCGUGGUAUGGAAGAGGCCCCGGAGUCUAUUGUGUCAAGAGCCGUAGAGAUUGAGGAGCAAAACCAACGACUGCUGGAAGGCAUGGAGAAGAUAGUGGGUCAGGUUCAUCCUGAAAUCGGAGAAAGUGAGCCCUACGCUGUCUGGUCAGGACUUCCAUCGCUGCAGACGGCUGAUGAAGAGUCUCGCCUUUCUGCUUUUUAUAAUCUGCUCCACUGCCUACGCAGGGAUUCACAUAAGAUUGACAAUUACCUCAAGCUCCUGAAGUGCCGAAUUGUCUACGACGGCAACUGCUAAGCCAACAUCCAUUCCAUUGAUUUCUGAGAUGGCUCUUAAGAAUCCAUCUCAUGGCAAGCUUCUUUUAGUUUUAUCAUUUUUUUUUAAUGCAUGCCUGGGUGUCAUGAGUAUCUUCUUUAAAAAUAAAAACUAACUCCUUAGAGACAUCAAAAUCUAAAA